CAAAGAUAAAGUUGUACUAAACUUCAUUUUCGUACGAUUUUUGGACCCUCUGUGGGUUUAAGAAUUAUCGUCCCGAAAUUGUUUGUACCAUGGCGAUCGAAGUCUUUCAGACAGGUCAGAACAUUUCUGUCGACUACUAUUACUCAGACAUAACUUUCGUAUAAAUGUUGUCUGUCAAUUAAUGGCCAGAACAUCAUCCGAUUUGUCGUUUUUACUACUUCAUUUAAUCUGAAUGGUCAGUUGUAGAUUGUUACAUUGAAACCAAAGAUCUUCCGUCGUACAGAGAAUAAAAACUGCACGUCUAUGGGCAGCUUUAGUCCUUUAUCAUAUGGAAAAGGUUGAACUUAAUGGAUUCUUUUUGGCCUAAUUUACUAUAUUUCUUAUAAUUAAUUUUUAAUAUCGGAAACAUGCAGGAGUUACCACUGGAUAGUACGCCUUCAAGUUUAGGAGAACUUCCAGAUAAAACUCGGAUGCUGACAUCCCCCGUGUGUGGGAAUAAAUUGACUGAGAAUGGAGAGGACUGUGACUGCGGUACAGUGCAGGAAUGCAAGGAUCAGUGUUGUGACGCCGCCACCUGCAAACUCAAGGCAGGAGCUCAGUGUGCAGAGGGAGAAUGCUGCAGCGACUGUAAGAUCAAGGAAGCCGGAGAAGUGUGCAGAGAAAGUCAAGAUGAUGACUGUGAUUUUGAGGAUUUAUGUGAUGGAAAAUCCCCAUGGUGCCCAUCCGAUCGUUUCCAAGAGAACGGCGCCCCUUGCAUGAAAGGAGAGGGGUACUGUUAUAAUGGAAGUUGUCCAACCAUGCAGCGCCAAUGCACUUCACUCUGGGGGGACAAUACAUUGGUCGGCGAAGAUCUCUGCUUUAAUAUAAACACGAAAGGUACUGUUUAUGGAUACUGUAAAAAAGUUGGACGCACCUACAAACCCUGUGAACCUGAGAAUGUGAUGUGCGGAGUGCUGUAUUGCAACAGUGAUAACAAAUAUCCGACAGUUCCUGGUCCUGUUGCUGUGAAGGGUGAAUGCAAAGCCCUUCUAGUUCCUGGAGGAAUGGUGCAGAAUGGAAUAAAAUGUGGAGAUGGGAAGGCAAGUGUCCAUAAAUGCCGUUAUAGAUAGUCGAUAAUGAUCAUUUGGAAUUAGGCUGUUAUGUUAAUUAGAUCUGUAGAUUCUGUAAGUAUUUGGAAACUAAGAAAUGUAUGUUGUCCCUGGUUGCCUCGGGGAACUAGUGAUUGUAAGCUCCCUGGCAAUAAUGUCAUCCCUCUAAACGUUGCUACAAAUGCUAUCAUCCCUGGAGAACAAUUAAUAUCUAGACGCAGGGACGUGACAUGACCCCAAAGUGUCAAUCUAAUAAGCUAUUUAGGUCCCUCAGCACAGGUUACACCAGUGUUAUUUGAUUCUUCCAUUCAGUCUGGUGAUGGUAUCGUACACACAAUAUCCAAAGAAUAGAAAAGAACCCCCACUGGAACAGACUAAACUCAGGCAGUCACAAAAUAUUAUUAACACACUUAUUUGUAGUAGGUUAAAAAAUUAAAAUUAAACACCACUGGUCAGUGCAUGAGGCUGAAUAUGCCACUUAUUAUUGUUGUAAAGUGCUGUGCAAUAAAUUAUAAAGUGCAGUGCAAAGGAUUAUAAGUGAGGAGCAUGGGAGGCCAAAUUUAUUGUUUCCCACAACAAAUUCGGCGAUUAAUAAAGUGAUACCAAAAUUAAUAACCAGUUUCUAAAUUACUAGUAAUACUAAGGAAUAAAUUGAUAGUUAUAAUUGAUUGACUAAAAUGGAAAUAUAUAAUACAAUAGAUUAUAAAGUGCUACAGUGCUAAAUGGAUUAGGUAAUCCUUACUAAGAUUCGAUUAGUUAAUUAACUAGGCUGCCAUUAGAUAGAAUAAAAAUAAAUCAAUGUUCAAAUUCAUGAGAAAAGGAGGAAAAUGAAAAAGGAGAUG